AUGGAGUCCAAUCAACUGGUUUUGGUGACAGGCGGCAACGGGUUUAUCGCCGCCCACUGCAUUGCGAGCCUGCUGCGAGCUAACUAUCACGUUCGGGCUACUGUGCGAUCCAAAGAAAAGGCAGAGGCGACGCGUGAAGCACUUGCGUUUGCCAGAGUCGAAAAUUUGGAUCGAUUGGAAUUCGCAGUUGUGCCGGAUCCGACCAACUUGAAGGCAUUUUCUGCAACACUCGGCGGCUGUCAUGCGAUCUUGCAUUUGGCUUCAGCCUUCAACUACAAUGCUGCUCCGGGUGAAUUUGAAGAGAAGUUGAUGAUCCCAGCUGUCAAGGGAACCCAGACUGUUUGCGAAGCUGCGAAACUCAACCCCAACGUCCGACGGGUUUUGAUCAUGUCCAGUUUUGCCAGCGUUUACGAUGCCAGCCUCGGUCCUCAGCCAGGGGUGGCAUACACGGAGAAGGACUGGUGUCCAUUGACCUAUGAAGACGGUGUGAAUGCGACCGCAGUACCAAUUGCAUAUCGUGCCUCGAAGGUCGUUGCUGAGCGCGCUGCUUGGGACUAUGUGCGGGACAACGACGUGAGAUACAAUUUGACCACACUCUGCCCUGGGAUGGUUUUUGGCAGAAUGAUUCAUCCAAUUAAGUCUCUGGACCGACUGAACGCUAGCAACCAAAUCGUGUGGCAAGUUCUCAGUGCUGGAAAGGAUGGAGAAAUUCCACCCACAAAGGCACCCGGUAUGUAUCGCUGUGUGAUUAGAUCAAAUGAUAACGCUAAUGAUGGGCAAGUUUGGAUCGACGUCGAAGAUCUAGCUGAGACAACCCUCCGAGCACUGACAUCAUCGGCUAUUGGACACGAACGAUUUUUGGUUACCCAGGGGUCUUAUGAUAUGCAGGAGAUUGCCGAUACGAUUCGCUCCAGACUUCCCGAGAUCCAGCGUGUUCCGGUCGGGGAGCCAGGCAAGAGAAUUGCUGCGACGCAUUAUUCUUGUGAUUCCUCCAAGGUGCAGCAAGUGCUGGGUGUGACAUUCCGUGCAUUGGAAGAUUCUAUUAUUCCAUUAGCGGAACAGCUGUAUGCCCUGGAGAAACAGUAA